UGUUUGUUGCGAAGGCGACAAUCGCUUGCGGAUUUAUUUUCCUUCUCUCUUCUUCCAUUGGAGUGAUUGAUUUGUGCAUGCUGUAUCGGUGCUUUAUUUUUCUUACGCUUUUUGGUGCUUCUCAUUGUGUUGUUCACUAUUUUUUAAAGUGGUGACGUUGAUUAACUUGCACCGGGACAAGCCUCGCAGCAUCUCGAGACAUUUUUGCGUGACGGUCUUUCAUUGGAUUCUAUUUUGUUUUUAUUUUUACACGAAUUCAGUGAUUGUGAGCUUAACGUGGAAGGAACUCGAUCAACUGGGGGACACUCAACUCGCGUGAAGGGCCAACAUUGUUGACACUUCUACAGAGCCUUGCCAAGAUUUUCGGUGGUCGUCCAAUUCCAGUGGCUCUCUCUGCGCGACGUGGCAUCUGAGAUGUGUGAUGAGUUCUUGGCGCGUUCCAUUGUGUUGGGUGAUUUUAGUCGCGGUGUUGAAGUGGCCGAUGUGGAUAGGAAAUGUCGACCGUAGGUCGCUUUCUUUCUUCACCACGAUUCCAAUGAAGGACAGGGCAGAGGAUAACGAGUGUACACACGUACCCAGUUGAUGAGAUCAUGGGAUUAUUAUAUAAAUGUCAUAUGCGUGGAUAUAGAGAUAGGCAUACACUUGCCUUGAUUAUAUUAUCUGGGAAACUUGUUAAUUUUUCCAUUACUGCAGAAGUGGUCUGUAAGACAUACACGUUUUCAUUAGUAUAGCCUGUGCAAACAUCUAAAUACAUGUGGAUAUGCAGUUUUCAUUGUAUGGAUACCCCAGAUAUAGAGUACAGUAUUGUCUUUGCAAAAAUGACAAUUUAAUAUAAUAUAUAUCAAAUACCACGGCUUGUGCAACCCGAACUCAAAGGAAGUAAAAAUAAUUAUUCAAAUAUAUGCUCCAACAUGCAUCUAUUAAGAUGACGUAGGAACACAUUUAUAAAUACAUUCUGAGUUCUCAGGGUAAAAUGCAUUUUGCGUGUCGCAUAAUAUCCUUUGUGGAACGAUGCUUAAAAUCGUUAUUCUUAAAAAAUGGUAAUGAACACUUGACAAAAGUGUGUACAGACUCAUUAGCUACUUAUCACGUGUAUGUAAAUUGCUCAUCAAGAUCAUUCCAUUGGAACAGAAUAAUGGUCGGCUUAUACGCCAACGAAACGCAUGGACAUAGGCAGCGAUUCCAUUUGGGUAUUGGUGAAGAACUCGACCUACUGGAGGCUCACGUGUUAAGUUUGCACAUAAUCAUCAACUUUGAACAACAGGAUAACACAUUUUAACAAAUGGAUAAUGUGACGACGGUACGCACCGCAUAUAAACGCAUUGCAACGGGCAUAUAGUCCGUGUUAAAAAGGGGCUUAAAAUCAUUCAAUAUUGCGCAGCCGUGAGAAUGUACACACGAGGAAACAAGCCGUUGGCACAUGGCUGGAACCGUUGGAACCAACGUUGGCCAGACGUUCCGUGGUUUACCGAAAUGAACCGAUGCUGGUGUCCAUGUAAGCAUGUACGGUUUGUGACUUUAAACAAAAAAAAGUUUAUGGUUGCACAGUCCUGUACAUUGUAGAUGUAUUCAAAUGAUACGCAUGUUUAUCUAACUAACUGUAACGAAACGUAACUAUGAAAGCGUAUACAGUAGAGUUAUCGUAGGGGAAAAAUAGUGUGUAAUUAACAGUACCGGAAAUUAAAUGUGCUUGAAUUAAAACGAUCAACGGGAGGUAGGAAUGGCACAGAUUGAAGCAGCUUAGCCCAACGUUUGAUUUAUAAAACCGAAAACCAAUGAGAAGCGUGCCUUUUAAUCCAAUUAAAUAAGUUAAUGUUAUUAUAAACGGCCAACGUGACCUCAAGGGACUUGAAAGUGAUGAAAAAGGGCAAUUGUAUAUUUUUUGUGCAAUUCGGGCUUCCUAUAGCCCGUGGAAACUUGGCUCGGAACGAACACGCCCACCGCGCUUGACACUGUAGAAAUGGAGCUGGAAAACGAGUUCAUGGGGCCGUGCAUCCCUGAGGAGGAGCCGGAGAGGAAAGAGGUCGCCCGGCGUACUGGCGGCGGUCGGCCCAGCAUCAGCAUCACCGUCGGCGGUGCUCGUCCGAGCAUCAGUUUCACCGUCCUGUGUCCGAACCCGCUCGACCUCAGCCAGUCGUCCGAAUCCGAAGAUGUAUCUCUCCUGUGCACUUCCAGAAAGAGCGUGAAAAUCAAAAACUUUUCGGAAGAAGUCCGCGCAGGUCGGGACGUCGACCGCUUUCUCAGCCAGGCGGCCGUGCUGCUCGAUCUUCCGUCGCGAUCGUUGGAGUCGACGCUGUGCCACAUGCUGGAGAGCGUGCUGGAAGAUAACCCGUGUGCCGAGCCCCGCGAGGCACGCUGCUCCCUCCUCAAGCGAGCGCUCUUCACGGACAUGGCCCAGGCUUCUCUUCAUGGAACUGUGCACCUGCUCUCUGAGACAAUCCAGGCUGUAACGGUCAACCCAUCGGGCCUUCACUACCAGCAGUCGUGGCUCUGCGUGCUGUGCACGGAGACAACACUGCAGCACCGGGAAGUGUGUAUUGCGCGACUCGAAAGGGCACAGAACUGGGGAGAGAACUGCUGUGAAGUGCGCUUUGUUAUCCUGGUUCUUGCCCCACCAAAGUCGAAAAGCACCAAGACAGCGACUGAGGUAGGCCGCACUUUCGCAACCAUCUUCGUGGACAUUGGAUUCCGGCAGCAACUCAUUGAGGCUCGCUCGCCCGAAGAGUUCAAGCACGCUCUCCUCCUCCGGCGACACGACCUCACGGCGCAGCAUGAGGAGGGGGACUCCAGGAUUCCCACGCCCGUGCUUGAGCGACCCAAAGCAACCUUGCAGCCAAACCAGCCCGAUGGCAGCCCAUCUUUCCAGGAGCAGGAGGAUUCCAGCAAGUCCUCGACUGAGAGGAGUAUCGUGUGCACUAUUCCUGGAAUGGGGAUUUGGGAAGACAUCCGUCGCAGGCUGCCAUAUUACUCGUCAGACUUCACGGACGGGAUUCUUAGAAACCGGUGCAUUGGAAAGUACAUCAUCGCCAUGAUAUUCCUGUACUUCGCCUGCCUGCUGCCCUCCAUCGCGUUCGGAUCGCUCAACGACAUAAACACGAGAGGAGCGAUCGAUGUUCAGAAGACACUCGUGGCGCAGAGCAUGGGAGGAGUGCUGUUUGCGGUUCUUUCGGGACAGCCUCUCAUUGUUCUGCUCACCACUGCGCCCCUCGCCCUGUACAUAUAUGCGAUCCGGACAAUUUGCGAUGAGUUUGAACUGGACUUUCACGCGUACUACGCCUGCAUCGGCCUCUGGAACAGCUUCUUCCUGACACUCUACGCCCUGCUGCAUAUGAGCACACGCCUUCACCUCUCCAAGCGAUCUAUUGAAGAGAUAUUUGCGCUCUUCAUCUCCAUCGCCUUUGUGGUGGACGCAAUCAAGGAUAUCAUUAAGAUCUUCAAGCAGAACUAUCUGCCCGGGGAGCCGGGAGGCUGCGGUUCUGCGGGGAACAACACGAGCGAUGACGGCUGGGAAGGCGCCGCCGGGGUGGACUCGGGCGGCCCGAAAGGCAGCCGUGACGUGGCUCUUCUGGCCCUGCUCCUCAUGCUGGGCACUGUGUGGCUUGGGAGCACUCUUUACCAAUUCCGCAAGCGGCCGUAUCUGCACCUGCAAGCGCGGGAGAUCCUGUCCGACUGCGCCAUGCCCCUCUCCGUCAUCGCCUUCUCCUUCCUGGGCUCCUACGUGUUCCGAGACAUUGACCUGACGGGCCUCAAGUUCAGCUACACUCCGAGUGAGAGCUACUUCGCGCUGGCGCCACUGAAUCUCCUAACGGUGGGCUCGAUUUGCAGCGCAAUGGGCAUCGGCUUCCUGCUCUCAAUCCUUUUCUUCAUGGAGCACACGAUGGCCGCCUCGCUCACCAACGCACCGCACAACAGGCUGAAGAAGGGAACGUCGUACCACUGGGACCUGCUCCUGGUGGCCGUACUCAACGCCACCUUCUCGCUUUUCGGGCUGCCCUGGAUGCACGCCGCCUUCCCGCACUCUCCGCUGCACGUGCGCGCCCUCGCCACGGUCGAGGAGCGCGUGGAGGACGGCCACGUGGACGAAACCAUCGUGUGCGUGCGCGAGACACGCGUCCCCGUGCUCCUAGCGCACAUGCUGCUGGGUUUGUCACUUUUUUUUCUGCUGCCCCUGCCACUGCAGUGGAUUCCACGACCCGUGCUGGAUGGCAUCUUUUUGUACAUAGCUCUCACGUCGCUGGAUGGAAACCAGCUCUUCCAGCGUCUGGCUCUGCUGUUCACCGAACAGACGGCCUACCCGCCCACGCACUACGUGCGCCGCGUGCCACAGCGCAAGAUCCACUACUUCACGGGGCUGCAGCUGCUGCAGCUGGCCGUGCUGUGCGGCGUGGGAUUCUCCCCCAUACCCUACAUGAAGAUGGUCUUCCCGGUCAUCAUGCUCGCCGCCCUGCCCGUGAGGUUUUUCGCCGUUCCAAAAAUAAUUGAAUCCCGCUACUUGGAUGUGAUGGACGAGGAGCUGUGAAGAUGGACGAGGAGCUGUGAAGAUCCACGCGGCGAAAGGGGGUGUUCGUUGUGUGUGCUCGUCAACGCGUGGGUUUGCCGAGGCCGUCGGCCGCGGUUGUGAUGAUGCAUUGGCGGCGGUUUGUCUUCAUGCAUUUUCUGGAUACAGGGCUUGUGAAAUAAUUACCACCUUGUGCAAGUGAACAAAAGAGUACCAAUUCGUGUAAAAUGACGGUUUUAUAAGAGGCUGUGGGCUGUACGCGAUCUGCGCGACCUGACACGGAGCGACGGCUGUAUUGGUUAAACACGCUUGUGGAAAUGAAGCCAUGCGGCGUGUGUGUGUGUGUGGGGACCACGUUAUACAAGGGUUAAAGGUUAAGGCAGAAAAAUAUUGUCUGACUUGUCACCCUUCCCUGCCAAAUCCCCGUUAUUAAUGUUCUUCCGUUUACCGACUGCUCCUGGAAUGUACCGUGUCUGGUAAAUGUGUGUGUCAUCGGAGUGCUUUUUAGUACGCAGUGUAAAUACCAACACUAAAGAGAUAAACGCGAUAACUGGGAAUUGCCAGCCCAUUUGAAUGCCCGUGGUCGACCACAAUAGUUGCCUGUGUGAAAGGGUAAAAUGGAAUGCGUGUGGUGUGGGGGGACAUUUGAUGAUGCACACAUGUCCAUCGCAUAACGUUAUGAAAAACCUGAACUGAUACUGAGCUUUAGUAGCAAUAUGGUAUUUUUAAGGCACUUUUUAAAAUUGGUUUUAUUUGAUCAUAAGGUUGAUAUUUAUGUGCAGCAGCAGCACUAAUAUAAUUUUUGUUUUGUGAAUAAAAUGUAACGUUUUCAUUCCCCCAAUGUGAAUGAAAAUAAACCCAGUUUUAAUGAAAUUAUGUUUCUGGAUAUAUCCCAAAUCGGUCAAUUACUGCACCUCAUAAGCAAUAACAUUGGUAUAUUUAUUAAUUAUAUCCUUCAUGUGUUUUGUUUUUACCAUUUUAAUGUGAUUUAUUGCUCUGGUGUACAAUGUAAAUAUUUUUUUCCAGAUUUCUGUAGGUCAGGAUUUUUCAAGGUGAACUAUGUCAAGUAAGCGAUAUACAUGUCCAAGUGUCCUGCCAUUAAAACUUCUAAUAACUGUAAAUAUUCCACCUUGACAGCCUCUUAUGCAGAUUAAUAAAUUGACCGAUACGUGUAUGGGUUGUUGGGCUACAAUUGGUGAUUUACUUCUGUAAAAAUCACUACAAUAUCGUAAGACAUGUUGGUCUUAACAUAAGCCAUCGUCUAUAGAAAGUCACUUUAUAUUAAACACACCAAAAGGCUCAUACAAGUGGAUGAUAUUUGUGAAUAAACAUUUUAGAUUUUA